GUAAAGAUUAAAGAAAUUCUUGGAAACAUUGAAUACCCUGGUUUGCAGGCUUCGAUCACAAAGUUUCUAUGUAUGGCUGGUCUACUGACACGGAAAGAUAGAGAACAGUUGUAUCGAUGGAUAGGCAAGGAGUGCCACUUCAUCCUUCUGUAUAAACUUAGAAGCAAUGGAGGGAACAGUGAAAUGUUCCACGGGUUGUGUGACGGUAAGGGUCCCACGGUGACCGUCUUCUACAACACAGACAACAACGUGUACGGGGGAUAUCUAUCAGAGAGCUGGAAGCGAAAUAAAACCUGGUCAACCGACCCGACGUCAUUUCUCUUUCAAUUGUACAGCAAUGGAAAGUGGCGAGCGAAAAAGUUCCCUUACAUUCGAGACAAAGGGAAUACUUUUUGGGGAGGUGUGGAUCAUGGACCUUGGUUUUCUGACUUGCAUUCUUUUGUCAAAACUACUGAUAGAAUUUCGAACUACUAUUCUCUGGAUACAGGAGAUCUAUUCUGCGGAAGUCGAUAUGAUAUGGCAGGAGAGGAUGCGCAGACUAUCGCAAACGGACACAACAAUGUCACUGACCUGGAGGUGUAUAUGGUCAACGCAGAACGUCUUGACACCACUUGGAGGGAACCACUUGAAUGGAACAUGCAGUUUUUCCAAGAGCUAAAGUCGACAAUAGCUGAAUACGAACCUUUUGAAGAAGUUAAAAUUACGCAAACCAAUAUUCUCCUGAUUGGACAAGUAGGGUCUGGAAAGUCAAGUUUUGUCAACACCAUCAAUGCUGUUUUCAAAGGAGAAAUUUCGUCACGGGUCUGCACAGGGGGUAGAUCCAAUAUAAUGAACAGCUUAACAGAGCAUUUUACGAAAUAUCAAGUUCGAGAUCGUGCAACAAAAAGAAAUCUGAAAUUCAGAAUAUGUGACUCCCAAGGAAUAUGUGACUCCCAAGGAACAUAUCGCAAUACAAUAUCCUGGAUAAAAGACCAAGACUUGAUAUCCAUGCUGGACGGAAGGCAACCAAACCAUUAUCAUCUCAAGAUAUAUCAGGUGGCGUCUGGAACAGAGCAGGGAUUUGUAAAAGAACCGACACUGCAAGAUAGGAUGCACGUGGUCGUUUUUGUCAUUGACGGAAGUAACAUAAAUACUGUAUCAGAACAAUUGAUUCGAAAACUAAAGGAGGUCAAGGACGUUGUGGCCAACAAAGGUAUACCACACUUAGCUUUCCUGACCAAAAUAGGCAAGAUUUGCGGACUUGUAGAGAAAGACGUUAGCAACGUGUUUAUGAGCGAAAGCAUAGAGAGAGCAGUGGACAGGGUUGCUGGCAUCAUGGCUAUUCCAAGAAACCACGUGUUUCCCGUAAAAAACUAUGAAAAAGAAACUAAACUUCAUUUGAAUAUGAAUAUCCUGAACCUGGAGGCGUUGCGUAGGGCGCUUUUACUGGCUGACGACUAUUUAGAAAACCAGAGCCAUGAGGAACAAGAGAGUGCACAGAAGCUGAACGCUAAAGACUGAUAUCUUUCUUGCUCCUGUUGGUAAACAGCUUUCUAGAAAUCCAGUGUCACGUGGAUUUAAUCAUGAUCCUUCUUGCUAUAUCAGUAUAGAAAAAACACAUACUCUCUCUUUCUCUCUCAAGUUUUGUUUUAAGUUAAAAUAUUUCAUGAAUAAAUUUGUACAGCAAGAAUUAAUAUUUUCGAAUAAGAUUCGAUACUGUUCAAUCUAGCCACUUAUAAAUGAAGAUUUUUCUGAUUGUCUUUAUCCCAUUUUGAACAAACUUGUGAAAAUAUGAUUGGAUAAAACAAUGAUUACUAUGUUAACCUCAGCUUUUGUUUUAUUCUAUGCCCUUUUUAUGUUUUCCUUGUUCUUCGUUUUAGUUUGUUUUACAUGUAAAGCGCUUUAGGGUAAUUGUCUUGAUGAGAUAAAUCGCUAUAUAAAUGUACAAUAAUAAUGAUAAUGAUAAUAUAAUAAUAAGGAAUCACACGAGGCUCCUAAAUCUCCAAUAUGCCGUCUCUGAACAGGGCGUAUUGGUUUGACAACUAUCAUGUCCAUUACACGUCACUUACAAAUCAUAUGGCGCUUCAAAAUUUUCAAUACAACGUCUCCUGCUUAUGGGGCGCCAAAUGAACAUAAACUCAAAUAAUUGAAGAUAUCUUGUGUGUGGGUUUUGGGGUGUUUUUUUUUUUUUUUUUUUUUUUACAUUUUGAGAAUCCAUAGAUUUAUACCACUUAUGUUGUAGCACAAUACGUCUAAAGUUUCUUUUUUACAGCAGUUAAUAUUUCCAUGCAGAGUAAAGACAGGGGCUUGGUAGUACAUACUCUGUAUCCUUCGAUGUAUCUCGGUUUGGGUUUUUGUGAAGUUUUGGAAUGCGGUAUAAGUAUGGUAACUCUAAUUCAUUCGUUCCAUUGACUGGGAUAUCAAAUGUAUUUAUAACUGAAACGUGAUUUUGAAGAAUUUUGUCUUUUUACAGGGAAGUUAGAGUAUAAGUAGGAUUGCCAAAUGCGGAAUUAAUGCCAAGAUCAUUUAAAAUACAGCUAUGAUAAUGAGCUAUACAAACAAACAAAAAGCUUUGUCAGCUGGAACCGGCACAUACUCAUCAUGUACACUAUCUAAGUUUUUUCAGUAAUUAUUGCUUGAACAUGUCCAAUACGAAAUAUUCUAGUCUUUCUCCAUUCUGACAGUGUCAAGUUCUUCCUCUUCAUUUUUAGCCUUUCAUCUUAUGGCAUAAUCUUCGACCGAUUUCAUUUUUUUUUAGGUUAUGUCACCGAUUGAAAGAAAAUGUCAAAAAAACAUUUAAUGCUUAAAAGACACUGUUGCAAAGUGUUAUGUGAAAUAUUAGAAAAUGCAAAGCAUCAUUGCGAGCGCCCUCGGAAUAUAUCAUAUACGGUAGUGUUUUUGCAGCUUAUGUGCAUAUUUAAGUGCCAUAAAAAUAUCUAGAACAAUAUUCUCUUAUCUAUCUUUAUAUUUGUGACAUCGAUAAAGUUUUUAAAUGUUUUGAAUACAUAACUUGCAAUAAUGUAGCCAAUAGUCCGAUUUUAAUGUGACAUACAAUACAACAGCUGGCUAUACACAGUGUCUCCGAUCGAUCGAUAUACAGCCGCGACUAAAAAUAACUUCUUUGCAUUCUUUCUGUUCAAUGCAGACGCCGUAAAGUCAUAAGUUACAAAUAUUUCUUGUCAUCUGUUGAUAUUAAAUGGCUGAAUUUCAGUGCAUCUUUAUUGUUAAAAAUCAUUAGAAAUUAUCUUCUUUUUUUUUCUUUUUGUUAUUUAAAGGGUUCUUUUCUAUUUGUUUUCACUGUCAGUGUUUUAUAAUGGCUGUAUAUUUAGCCUCACUGUCAGUGUUUUAUAAUGGCUGUAUAUAUAGCCUUACUGUCAGUGUUUGAUAAUGGCUGUAUAUUUAGCCUUACUGUCAGUGUUUUAUAAUGUCUGUAUAUUUAGCCUUACUGUCAGUGUUUGAUAAUGUCUGUAUAUUUAGCCUUGUGUACCUUAAAAAAAAAUAAACAUCACGUAAUUUCA